AUGUCAGUGUGUAGAGAAAACGCGAACAUCCGAGACAACCACCGCCGUGUGCUGGCGGAGAAAUUCGAGCUGCGGCGGAACCUGUACAAGGCGCUGUGCAAAGACACGAGCCUCCCCGACGAGUUGCGGGAGGAGAAUCGGUACAAGCUCUCGAAGCUUCCUCGGAACAGCUCCUUCACCCGAAUCAGGAACCGCUGCAUCUUCUCCGGCCGAGGCCGCGCCGUCUACGAGACCUUCCGCAUGUCCCGUAUCGUCUUCCGCGCUCUCGCCUCCAAGGGCAUGCUCAACGGCGUCAAGAAGGCUUCCUGGAUUGGUGUGAUUAAAGUUGAGGAAAAAUAA